AUGUCUACGCUCCCUUGCGAAUCCUCGCUCGCGCCGAGUCACGGCGGAGCCCGUUGGUGGGACGCGUGUGGAAACCUGCAGGCGCCGGCGUCCUCACCCACCACGGGGCUGAACCGCAGCUCCAGCUCCUCUGCAGGGGUGAUUCCUGGAGCGGUGACACUACGGAGGGACGGGGCUGGGGACAUCCCGAGCGAGCCAGCAAUGUCGGAGAGCGUGGCCGAGGUGCCGGGAGACGGGAGCCCCACGGUGCUCGGCGAGACGGACACCAGCCAUGAGCUGCUGCAGCGGCUGCGGGAGCUGGAGGCGGAGAACUCGGCCCUGGCCCAGGCCAACGAGAACCAGCGGGAGACGUACGAGCGCUGCCUGGACGAGGUCGCCAACCACGUGGUGCAGGCGCUGCUCAACCAGAAGGACCUGCGCGAGGAGUGCAUCAAGCUGAAGAAACGGGUCUUCGACCUGGAGCGCCAGAACCAGGCACUGAGCGACCUCUUCCAGCAGAAGCUGCAGCUCUCGGCUGGAUCCUUGCCCCAGGUGACCCCAUUGGUGCCGUCGGGUAGCCCCGGGCUCAGCCCCAGCGCUGCCCCCCUGGAUGCCCUCUCCCCCUUCUUCAAGAAGAAAGCCCAAAUCCUGGAGGUGCUGCGCAAGCUGGAGGAGACGGACCCGCUGCUGGGGCCCUCCCUGGCCUCCCCCGGCUCCCCGGAGCCCUGCGCCGCCCCGGGACCCCCCGCCAGCGGGGAACGGGUGGCUGCCUCCCCCCCCAGCACCCGCCGUGGCACGGGGGGCUCGGCCCCCUCCCGCCGUCCCGGCAAGAAGCCCCCGGAGCCGGGCUACUUGCCCUUCAAGGAGCGUUUAGCCGCCCUGGGCAAGCUGCGGGGGGCUGAGGGCCGCGAGCCCCCUGGCCCAGGGCGGCCUGAGCGGGGCCAUGGGGCUGAGCCGCGACCCCCUCCCCGGGGGAGUUUGGGGGGCAGCCUGAAGCACCCUGAGCCGGCGCAUGGCGGGGAGCCCCUGGCCCGGUGCUACUCCUCUGGCUCCAUGGCUGCCCGCAGCCCCCACGGCAGCCCCACCAAGCUGCCCACCAAGGCAGGCGCCGGCAAAACCGGGACGCCACGGGGCGAGGAGCCGGUGGGAGCUAAGGCGGCAGGGGUCCCCCACAAAACGCCACCGGCCCCCGAGCCCCCCGGCACGGGGCCGCCGCCGGGUGCCGCCGGGCACUCGGCCAUCGAGGAGAAGGUGAUGAAGGGCAUCGAGGAGAACGUGCUGCGGCUGCAGGGGCAGGAGCGGGCACCGGCGGGAGAAGCCAAGGGGAAGGCUGCCGGCGGUUUGGCCAGCUGGUUUGGGUUGCGCCGUAGCAAGUUGCCGGCUCUGAGCCGUCGCGGCGAUGGCAGCCGUGGCCGGGAGUGGGCCGGGACGCCGGCUCCCCUACGCCGGGAGGUCAAGUUGGCCGCCCGCAAGCUGGAAGCCGAAAGCCUCAACAUCUCGAAGCUGAUGGAGAAGGCGGAGGAUCUGCGCAAGGCGCUGCGGGAGGAGCACGCCUUCUUGCAGGGGCUGGCGCUGGAGAAGGGGCGACCGCGCGGGCCCCCCCGAGGUCCCGGCCAUCUCCCGGUGAUGUACCAGGAGGUGACGGCCGAAACCUUCAUGCAGCAGCUGCUCGACAGGGUGGACGGGAAGGACGUGCCCUACGAGAGCCGCCUGGAGCGCAAGCGGGAGCUCUGCGACCUCCGCCGGGCCCCCCCCGACACCAAAGACCCCCGGCUCUGCCGCCUGCCCCGCAAUGGCAUCGUGGGACAUCUGCAAGAGCCCCCUGACAAGGGAGGGGGGCACUGGGGUGGACCGCCCCCCCCCGCACCAGCACUGAUGCCUCCCCUUGCGCCAGCAGCCUGCGGGUCACUGACGCGGACACUGGACAGCGGGAUUGGGACCUUCCCGCCCCCUGACUACGGGGGGGUCCCUGCCAAGAGCACCCCCAAACCACGAGGCCGCCCCGAGCCGCUGCCCGGCGCUGUGCCGGCGCGGCCGCCCGCCAUCACCAAAGUGCCGCGCAAGGCCCGGACGCUGGAGCGGGAAGUGACCAGCGCGGAGGAGCUGCUGGUGGCCGGCAAACACCGGAGCGCCCCGGUGUGCCGCCCCCCAGCACCCCCUGGCCCGCAAGGCCACCGCGCCAGUCCCCAAGAUGCUGGUGACGAUGCCGGGAAGCCACGGCAUGUCCAGCAGAGCAAGAACUGGACCUUCCCCAACGCCAAAGCCUGUGGCACUGCCGACCCCUUCCUCUGCCCCCCUGGGGGGCUGGAGGGGCUGCACCGUCCCGCACUGGCCCCCGUCUGCAGCCCAGCAGGGUGUCGAGGGGCGUCCCCGGAGGCCCCCCCGCCGCUGCCCCCAGCCCUGAGUGCCAGCAGCAGCCGGACGCCCAGUGCCUCGGACGUGGGGGACGAGGGCAGCACGGAGGCCCAGUCACGGGAUGGGGGGCACGGCCCCCCAGGGCUGGAGCACUCCGAGUCGCUCAGUGACUCGCUGUAUGACAGCCUCUCCUCCUGCGGCAGCCAGGGUUGA